GCGCUAGAGGACCCCAAACCCUGUAUCCACCGCUGCGCUGGUGUUAUUUUGUAGGCCGACUAGGAGGCUGAGAGGCUCGUACGGAUUUCACAAACCGGUGGCGCGCAGUUAAGGAGCGACAACCAAUUCAGCUGUGGCUUCAUUUAAUUUACCAUACCUGCAUAUUACGGACAUUUCCCACCAUGGGUUGCAGGAGUUAUGAACUAGGCGUUAGGCCCUUGCCCAGCCAGCCAUAACGUCAGCAUUGUUGGCUAGCUAGCUAACGUUGGUAACUUAGCUAGCUAGGCUGCUAGAUCACCCCAGUGUUCAGUUUGCUUAACUGUUAUUAAUGCGCGUCAGUGACCGUUCCUUGUCGCAACUAUGACGUUUUGAAUAUCUCGCGUUUAUCCAACAACUUAAUGGAUUAUUAGCUUCACUGGGACGUCUUACACUGCCAUUUAAUCACGCGUUCUACAUUGAAUAGAUAGUCUCAUAUCAUACAAAAAGAGGAAGCCGACCUCACUGGACAGUCCAAGAUUUUGGUGACAGAGCCUCACGCUUUCUUCAACACUAAACGGGAACUGAAACGUCACUGUGUUCUAGCGGCUUCUGCAGGCCCAAUACAUUCGGUUUCGAUGGGGGAAAAUGACAACAUGGACUAUUUUUACCAGCAGAUUUUGCAGAAGGACGUGACCUGUCGACUGCAGGUCGGCCCAGAUUUAAUAGACUACCUCAAUGAUCCGCAGAGGUCUUUGGAUGUUGAGCAGGACAAAUCACGGUUAGAUAAGACCAUAGAUGAACUAACGGGAUGGGUCAACUCCAGCAAUUUCAAGGUGGCCUUGCUGGGGAUCGAUAUUGUAGCAGCAUUUGUUGACAGACUGAAUGAGCGGUUCAGAGGAUAUGUGGGUACAGUUGUGCCAGCGCUGGUGGACCGACUGGGCGACUCUAAAGACCAGGUGCGUGAGCAGUCCCAGGCUGUCAUCCUGAAGCUCAUGGAGCAGAGUGCCAAUCCCAUGUUUGUUUGGGAAAGAUUAUUUACCGGCUUUAAACACAAGAACUUCCGCAGUAGAGAAGGAGUGUGUUUCUGCUUAGUUGCCACCCUUAAUACGUUUGGUGCCAAACCGCUGAGUCUCAGUAAGAUCGUGCCAUUUCUCUGCACAUUAACUGGAGACCAAAACCCACAGGUGAGGGAGGCCGCCAUAGUGUCACUAGUGGAUGUGUAUCGUCACGUCGGGGAGAGAGUGAGGGCAGACCUGAGCAAGAGUGGACUGCCCCAGCAGCGGCUCCAGCUGAUUCUGGGCCGCUUUGAUGAUAUGCUUCACUCUGGAAAUGUGAGCUUCAGUCAAGAUCGCAGUUUCGAUGAUGAUGACUCGGUGGAUGGCAGCAGGCCCUCCUCGGCGCAGGCCUUUAAAGUACCAAAAGUACCCAAGAAACAGGAGGCGCGCCGACCCAGCGCUACUGGAGCCAAACUAACAGGUUCAUCAAAGGAGAGAGCAGGAGCUGUUGAUGAAGAAGAUUUUGUCAAAGCCUUCACUGAUGUGCCUACAGUCCAGAUAUAUUCUUCACGGGACUUGGAGGACAACCUGAAUAAAAUCCGAGAAAUCCUGUCAGAUGACAAACAUGACUGGGACCAAAGAGCCAACGCUCUCAAGAAGGUUCGCUCUCUGCUGGUUGCUGGAGCAACAGAGUAUGACUGUUUCUUUCAGCACCUGCGGCUGCUGGACAGCGCCUUUAAGCUGUCAGCUAAAGACUUGCGAUCUCAGGUGGUGAGAGAGGCCUGCAUCACAGUCGCGUAUCUGUCCACACUUCUGGGGAAUAAGUAUGAUCAUGGAGCAGAAGCGAUCGUUCCUGUGCUCUUCAACCUCAUCCCUAACUGUGCCAAGAUCAUGGCCUCAUCAGGAGCUGCUGCUUUACGCUGCAUCAUACGGCACACCCAUGUUCCACGUCUGAUCCCACUCAUCACCAGUAACUGCACCUCUAAAUCCGUGUCAGUGAGAAGACGUGGGUAUGAGUUCCUGGAGCUGCUUCUUCAAGAGUGGCAGACCCACUCUCUGGAGAGGCAUACUUCAGUGCUAGUGGAAUGCAUUAAGAAGGGCAUCCAGGAUGCAGACUCUGAAGCUCGAGUGGAGGCUAGAAAGGCGUACUGGGGUCUUCAGGCUCAUUUCCCAGCGGAGGCCGAGUCCCUGUACUCCUCAUUAGAGCCAUCCUACCAGAAAACUCUUCAGUCGUGCCUCAAGAGCUCCGGCAGCGUUGCAUCCCUGCCUCAGUCCGACCGCUCCUCCUCUUCCUCACAAGAGAGCUUAAACCGUCCUUUGGCGUCAAAGUGGUCUGCUGCACCAGGACGAGUUCCAGCGAAGUCAACGGGCUCCCCAGUGUCCUUGCAGCGUUCCCGUAGCGACGUGGAUGUGACCGCAGCAGCUGGGGCGGCGUCUCGUCAGGCAGGAGGGGCGGCCCGGAGGCCUGCGGGGUCCUAUGCGUCACUGGAUGAUGCCUCUGAUAAGAUGGAUGGACGCCUCCGAAACAAGCAAACGUUGUCCACGGUGACGCCUCAGACCGACUCCAGGGGGAGGAGCCGAACAAAGAUGGUGUCGCAGUCCCAGCGUUCAGAUGAUUCAGAUUCAGCAGCGGGGUCUCGCUCAGGCUCUCCUGGUCGAGUUCUAAACAGCACGGCUCUGAGCAUGCUCAGUACAGCCCCCCGCAGCAUUGGGACAGGGGCCCAGCGACGUAGCCGAAUACCACGGAGCCAGGGAGCUAGUCGAGACAGCAGCCCCACACGCCUGUCUGUGGCUCCUUCCAGCCUGACUCACAUCUAUAAUGGAUCCAAAGGAGGGCGUGUCAGCCGUAUCCCACGGCCCAGUGUGAGUCAGGGCUGCAGUCGGGAGGCCAGCCGUGAGAGCAGUCGAGACGCCAGCCCAGUGCGCUCCUUCGGCCCGCUCGCAUCGCGACACUACUCUCGCUCUACCGGUGCGCUCCAUGUUGUCGAAGCCUUUGGGGCAGCAGGCUUGGGGAUAUCACAGUCUAGUCAUCUGUCGUCCUCUGUGAGUGCCAUGAGGGUUUUAAACCCUGGAUCGGAUGUGGAGGAGGCUCUGGCUGAUGCUUUGCUGCUAGGAGACAUGCGGAGCAAGAAGAAGCCUGCACGGCGACGCUAUGAACAGUACGGGAUGUACUCCGACGACGACGCCAACAGCGACGCGUCCAGCGCGUGCUCAGAGCGCUCGUACUCGUCUCGGAACGGCAGCAGCAUCCCCACCUACAUGCGUCAGACGGAGGACGUGGCUGAGGUGCUCAACCGCUGCGCCUCAGCCAACUGGAGCGAGAGGAAGGAGGGACUCAUGGGUCUCCAGACCCUCCUGAAGAACCAGCGUACACUCAGUCGUGUGGAACUCAAGAGGUUAUGUGAGAUUUUCACCAGAAUGUUUGCAGACCCUCACAGCAAGCGAGACCCCAGAAACUUCGGCUCGACAGAAUCCAUUAUCAGUUCUGCCUCCUUCAAGCGAGUGUUCAGCAUGUUUUUGGAGACGCUGGUGGACUUCAUCGGGGUUCAUAAGGAGGAUUUGGUAGACUGGUUGUUUGUGCUACUCACUCAGCUUCUAAAGAAGAUGGGUGCUGACCUCCUGGGAUCGGUCCAGUCUAAAGUGCAGAGGGCUUUAGAUGUCACCAGAGAGUCCUUUCCCAACGAACAUCAGUUUACUAUCCUGAUGCGCUUCACGGUAGACCAAACACAGACUCCAAACCUGAAGGUGAAGGUGGCCAUCUUGCGAUACAUCGAGACACUGACGAUGCAGAUGGAACCCACUGACUUCUCCAACUCCAGUGAAACCCGACUCGCUGUCUCUCGCAUCAUCACGUGGACCACUGAACCCAAGAGCGCUGAUGUCCGCAAGGCUGCACAAGCUGUGCUGAUCGCUUUGUUCCAGCUGAACACGCCUGAGUUUACCAUGUUGCUGGGUGCUUUGCCUAAGACCUUCCAGGACGGAGCCACCAGACUACUGCAGAACCACCUGCGUAACACAGGAAAUACAGCACAGGCCCAAACUGGAAGCCCUCUCCUGAGACACACCCCCAGAUCACCAGCCGGUUGGACCAGCCCUCUCACCUCCCCCACCAACACAUCCCAGACCCUGUCCCCCAGUGCGUUUGAUUAUGACACAGAGAACAUGAACUCUGAGGAGAUCUACAGCUCUCUGAGGGGGAUGAGUGAAGCCAUCCAGAGCUUCAGCGUGAGGAGCCAGGAGGACAUGACUGACUCACCCCGCAGAAGAGAGGGAGAGGAGGAGGCGGAGUGUGGGCGGACGGCCCUUGAUAAUAAGACCUCCCUGUUGAACACUAUGCCCAUGCUGUCGUCCAGGGAGCACGGCGUCAGCUCCGACUCUUCCUUGGGCUCCUCCUCCAAGAAUUUGAAGGAUUCCUCGUUCGACUCGGAAGGGCAGCCUCAGUCAGACGACAGCGGAGUUGACCAGUCAGAGGCAGUGGCCGAGCUGCUGAAGGAGCUGUCCAAUCACAGCGAGCGUGUGGAGGAGCGCAAGGCGGCGCUCUGCGAGCUCAUGAAGCUGAUCCGAGACACACGCACACCUACCGUCUGGGACGAGCACUUCAAGACCUUCCUGCUGCUGCUGCUGGAGACGCUGGGGGAUGGAGAGCAUGUAAUCCGGGCGCUAGCUCUGCGUGUACUGAAGGAGAUUCUGAGCAGACAACCAUGGCGCUUCAAAAAUUAUGCAGAGCUCACCAUCAUGAAGACCCUGGAAGCACAUAAAGACCCUCACAAAGAGGUGGUGCGUGCGGCAGAGGAGACGGCGACCAUGUUGGCAAACGCCAUCAACGCAGACCAGUGCAUCAAGGUGCUUUGCCCGAUCAUCCAGUCAGCCGACUACCCUAUAAACCUGGCUGCUAUAAAGAUGCUCACCAAACUCAUGGACCAGAUGCCCAGAGAGAAUCUCCUGCAGCUGCUGCCUGAGGUUGUUCCUGGACUCAUCCAGGGCUAUGAUAACUCCGAGAGCAGUGUGAGGAAGGCGUGCGUGUUCUGUCUGGUGGCCAUCUACUCUGUGAUUGGUGAAGACCUGAAACCUUAUCUCAGCCAAUUAGCUGGCAGCAAGCUGAAGCUGUUGAAUCUCUACAUUAAGCGUGCACAAAGUGGUUCCAGCAGCGGUGACCCCCCCUCAGAAUCGGGGCCAGCACCGUAACUUCACCGUCUCUUCAGUUUGGGUUGAAGACCAACCAACCAACCAACCAACCAACCAUCCAUCCAUACAAGAUUUUAACUUUUGUGCACAUCCUCACACCCUGACUGACACUCACACGUCUAACUGAAGAAAGAUUUUGUACUCAUUUUCCACAUCGAGCAACAUGAACAUCAGCCCCUCCCCUAGCUCUUCCAGGAAUGCCUUGUGCUGCAGUGCACGCUACGUCACGUCACGUCACCGCCCUCUCUGCGUGCACACGUGUGUCAACAACCAUUGAUUUCGAAAUGUGUUUGAGACCUCCAAGGCCCUCUCGACACUCUCGACCCCCGGAUAAAACACUGGUGUUACAGUUUGUUCGUGUUGAUUUAAUCCUCGUUAAGGGUCAUCGAGUCACUGCUCGAUGUUUGAGCUGUUUGGCUCUGUGCAUGUCUUAAAAGGCCAUGGUAAGGCUGGUGCAGGGGUGCUCUGAUUGCGUAUGUGAUCCGUAUGGUGCCGAUAUCCCCCUGUAAUAUCCCAGUAUGUAUCGCAAAGUAACUGUCCUUCAGCUGGUCUUGUAGAGCUCUAGUGUCAUUCUGCUCCACACAGGAGGGUUGGAGAAAUGUACUUACACUUUUAAACAGCUAAUAUGUCUCCUUCUCUCUUACUCAUCUGUCUGUCUGUCCUCCUCUCUUACUCAUCUGUCUGUCUGUCCUCCUCUCUUACUCAUCUGUCUGUCUGUCCUCCUCUCUUACUCAUCUGUCUCUUGUGUUUCCUGCUGCGUUUCUGUACCUGUUAACAAUAAAAUUGCAAAUAAAUACAAACUGUACAGAGGUCAGAGGGAGGUCAUGGUUCUGCGGUACCCUUGCGCACACAAACAUGUUGAGACACUUGUGGGAGUGUCUCCUUUACAGCUACCCCUCUAGGUGAGGUCACUUUGUCCACAACUCAUUUGCAGAGUUACUGUACCGAUGACCUACAUCAAAUAAGGUCUGCUGAAUAUUGUGUAACCUCGCAAAAGAUCAUUUACACUUACAGGAGCCCAAACAGUUAGCAUAGGGGCAUGUAUAUUCCACCCGUAACCAACAGACAGUAAUGUGUCGUAAAUGUACAUACUCCCAUAAGUGGCUUGAUGGAUUCUAACUGCCAUAUUCCCAGUGUUGCCAGUAUAGUGACCAAUAUGCAUCAGACAGUCUGAGAGUAGUGAUGCUGCUACUAUCUUAAGACUUAAUUAUCCAAAAUGACAGGCACUCCAACUAACUUUAGUAAAUGUAGCUUAAUGACGUCUUAAGUUUUCAAAUAAAGACCCCCUUUAAUAUUA